ACUUCUCCACUUCCUCCUGUUGCCAACCUGGGAAGCGCUCUCUUCCCGUAGACUGGCAGGCUAAGUGCAAGCGACACUUAGCCCACCAUUGGCUGUCCCGACUGCCGAAGCUGGCAGGCAGUGGCGACAGGGAAGGACCGGACCAACGGACCUUUUUGGUGGAAAUACUGACAGAACGCCGGGAAAUCGGGCGGAAACAAAGGGAAUAUAUGUUUUUAUAAGCGGUCUGGAUUUCGUAAACAGACUGAAACGCUGCUAACGUUGAAUGUUAGCUGGAAGUUUCCUAGCUGGUGCCGUGAUGUGGUGACGCGACUCCACGGAAUCGACGGGAAGCUAACGUUAGCUGAUGCUAACGCUACUUGAUAAAUGAAUAAUUUUUAACAGAGCUUUUAAGACUCAUUUCAGGAUUUUAGCAUUUUAGAUAGUGUAAGAAACUUUUAUGAUAGAUUUUAUCAUGUUAUGUACUUUUAUAAUAAAUAAUGUUAAUGCUUCAAUGACUGCCUGACGUUUUUAAGCUAAAAUAGAGCAGCAAACAUUAGCUUCCUAGCUGGCUAGUAGCUAACAUUGGCUAGUUGUCGACUUUAAACUGUCUUUAAGCCAAAGAGUCCUGUUUCAAAUUAGCUAAACCGACUACGGCUGCUUAUUUUUUUCACGUCACUUAACUGUAUCAGUUAAUGUUCACUAGUUAUAUAUGAGUCAAACUUUAUAUCUGAGGAUGGUCGUUCGUUUUGAGAUGCAAAAAUGAACGCUUCGUUCCAGAAUCCAGAUAUGCAAUCACCGAAUCACCAGCUUACUUAGUGCUUGUUGGCUAGCGCAGAGUUAGCCAGUCAAACUUGGAAUACUGCCCCCUGCUCACUUUAUGCGAGUUUCGCUUUGAGGCCUUUUCUGAAAUUAUCUUUUUUUUUUCCACCAAGAGGACCCUUUCACUGCCUUAAUGCAUCCCUGCCUCUGAAUGGAAUUUCUGUUUUGAAUGACUCUGGAUACUUGUAAAGCUUGACAAGGCUCUAAUCCACAGUUGGAGUUAGCUGGACUUGUUGACGUUUACUUCGUCAUAACAUAACCUGGAUUUACGAAGGAACUUGGAGUAAUAAUAUUCUUUGAAGAUGAUGUGCGAGGUGAUGCCCACCAUCAGUGAGGCCGAAGGCCCUGGUGGUGGAAAUGGAGGAGGCCGUCGAGGUUCUGGUUCGCCACUUCAAUCUGACUCAGAGGGUCACUUUGAGUCGUUGAUGGUGUCUAUGCUGGAAGAGCGAGAUCGUCUUCUUGAGACCCUGAGAGAGACUCAGGAGAAUCUGGGCCUGACCCAGAGCAAACUGCAUGAAGUUAGCCAUGAAAGGGACUCACUACAGAGACAGCUGAACACUGCUUUGCCACAGGAAUUUGCUGCACUAACAAAGGAGCUGAACGUGUGCCGAGAGCAGCUUCUGGAAAAGGAGGAGGAGAUUGCAGAACUAAAGGCCGAGAGAAACAACACACGGCUCCUGCUAGAACACUUGGAGUGCCUGGUGUCUCGCCAUGAGCGCAGUCUGAGGAUGACUGUGGUGAAGCGGCAGGCUCAAUCUCCAGCAGGCGUCUCAAGUGAAGUGGAGGUCCUCAAAGCCCUAAAGUCACUUUUUGAACACCAUAAAGCCCUCGACGAAAAGGUUAGGGAGCGACUUCGUGUUGCUUUGGAACGAUGCAGCGCAUUGGAGGAACAGCUCACCUUUUCACACAAAGAACUGGCUUACCUCAGGGAACAGAACAGUCAGAAGAGAGGGUUGGCCGAUGGAACCAGUGAGGUUAACCACAACUCUGAAAACACACCAAGCACUAAUGGCAAGCGGUCAUCAGACGGUUCGUCGAGCCAGGAAGACGAGUCUGCACCUGGAUUCGGUAAGGUUGCCGAGCUCCAGGAGGUAGUGGACCGUCAGAUGGCCGAUUUGGGCCAAAUGAAGGAGCGCAUGGCUGCUAUGGCAUCACGCAUCACUGAGCUGGAGGAGGACCUGGACACAGCCCGAAAGGACCUUAUUAAGUCUGAAGACAUGAACACAAGACUACAGAGAGACCUCAGAGAGUCUAUGGCUCAGAAGGAAGACAUGGAGGAGAGGAUUACCACUCUAGAGAAGCGCUACCUGGCAGCUCAGCGAGAGGCUACCUCUGUCCACGACCUCAACGACAAGCUGGAGAAUGAAGUGGCCAAUAAAGACUCCCUCUACAGACAAACUGAAGAGAGAAACCGGCAACUUCAGGAAAAGCUGGAACUAGCUGAGCAGAAGCUGCAGCAGACCAUCCGGAAAGCAGAGACGCUGCCAGAGGUGGAAGCCGAGUUAGCCCAGAGGGUCGCUGCUCUCACAAAGGCAGAGGAACGCCAUGGCAAUGUUGAAGAGAGACUGAGGCAGCUGGAGGCCCAACUCGAGGAAAAAAACCAGGAGCUGCUCAGGGCACGGCAACGUGAGAAGAUGAAUGAGGAGCACAACAAGCGUCUGUCUGAGACGGUGGAUAAGCUCCUCUCAGAGUCCAAUGAAAGACUUCAGCUUCACCUCAAAGAGAGGAUGUCUGCCUUGGAGGAUAAGAAUGCCCUGAUUCGAGAACUCGAGCACACCAAAAAAUUAAUUGAGGAGUCCCACCAUGAGAAAGAGCAGCUCUUAAUCCAAAUUGAGACUAUGAGAGCAGAGAAUGAGCAGGGAAGGAGCAGGAGCAACUCGCUACUGCAUGGGCGGUCUCAGCUGGGCAGCACCCCAGAUUUCAGAUAUCCAGUGUCAGCCUCUUCGAUGAUGGACAGUAACUCGGACCAUUAUGGCAGCGCUCUCGUCCUGAGACGGCCUCAGAAGGGACGUGUGGCAGCACUACGGGAUGAACCUUCCAAACGACAUGUGCAGACUUUAAAUGAGCAGGAGUGGGAGCGCAUGCAACAGGCUAAUGUGCUGGCAAAUGUGGCACAGGCCUUUGAGAGCGACAUGGACGCCUCAGACCUGGAGGAGGAUCGAGAGACAGUUUUCAGCUCGGUGGACCUGCUGUCCCCUGCUGGCCAGGCUGAUGCACAGACCCUUGCCCUGAUGUUGCAGGAGCAGCUGGAUGCUAUCAACAAUGAAAUCAGAAUGAUCCAAGAGGAGAAGGAGAGCACCGCUAUCCGGGCAGAGGAGAUAGAGUGCCGGGUAGGCAGUGGUGAUAGCCUUGGAGGACAUUUCCGCUCCAUGAGCUCCAUCCCUCCAUCGCUAUAUGCUGGCUCGUCAUUGGGCGGUUCUCCACCCGGCUCUGGCCACUCCACUCCGAGGCGCAUUCCCCGCAGCCCCAACAGAGAACUGGAUCGAAUGGGUGUCAUGACCUUGACAGUAACUUAUCUGCCAUAUGGUACAACUGGCUUCAGUGCCCCGCUUCAAGCCAAUAACUUUGCACCAUACUUCCAGCCUAGUGACCUGCGCAAGCACCGCAGGAAGUCUGCUCAAGAUGAUAAGGCUACUAUUCAUUGUGAGACGUCACCCCCAACUACUCCACGUUCCAUCCGACUGAAUAGGGAGGUGGGCCACGCCACUAGUCACGAGGACAUCCGAGACAUCCGAGGGCUGAGCAGCCUGCAGGAUGGACAGGGCAGUAACCCAAGCAGUAGCAACAGCAGCCAAGACUCUCUCAACAAAGCAGCCAAGAAGAAAAGUAUCAAGUCUUCCAUUGGACGCCUGUUUGGGAAGAAGGAGAAAGGUCGGCCCAGCAUUCCUGGCAAGGAUCCUGCCAGCCAAGCUGGCACUCCCGAGGCAGAGGGCUCUCCGAAGGAUGGCUUGGGUGUGGGCACCCUUGGUGGUCCUGCAGAGAAAAACAGGAAGCUACAGAAGAAUCCAAAGACUGGGCAUGAAUUACUAGAAGAGGCUCGCAGACAAGGCCUCCCGUUCGCCCAGUGGGACGGACCAACUGUCGUGGUUUGGCUGGAGCUGUGGGUGGGCAUGCCAGCCUGGUACGUGGCUGCAUGCCGUGCCAAUGUGAAGAGUGGAGCCAUCAUGUCAGCACUAUCAGACACAGAGAUCCAACGGGAGAUUGGAAUCAGCAACCCACUGCAUCGUCUGAAGCUUCGUUUGGCCAUCCAGGAAAUCAUGUCUCUCACCAGCCCUUCAGCCCCACCAACCUCCAGAACGACCACAGGAAACGUUUGGGUCACACAUGAAGAAAUGGAAAGUUUGGCAGCCACGCCUCCCACGGAGGAUGACGAGGGUAGCUGGGCCCAGACUUUGGCGUACGGAGACAUGAACCACGAGUGGAUCGGAAACGAGUGGCUACCCAGCCUGGGUUUGCCACAGUACCGCUCCUACUUCAUGGAGUCACUGGUGGAUGCCCGCAUGCUUGACCAUCUAACCAAGAAGGAUCUUAGGGGACAGCUCAAGAUGGUGGACAGCUUCCACAGGAACAGCUUUCAGUGUGGUGUGAUGUGUCUGCGGAGGCUCAACUAUGACAGAAAGGAGCUGGAGAGGAGGAGGGAGGAGUCCAUGCUGGAGUUUAAAGAUGUGCUGGUGUGGAGUAAUGAGCGUGUCAUCAGUUGGGUUCAGGCCAUUGGUCUCAAAGAGUACAGCAGCAACCUUUAUGAGAGUGGCGUCCAUGGAGCACUGCUCGCCUUGGAUGAUACCUUUGAUCAGAACGCCCUGGCCCUGCUGCUGCAGAUCCCCACGCAGAACACACAGGCCCGGGCGACUCUUGAGCGCGAAUACAACAGUCUGCUGGCGAUGGGCACAGACAGGAGAAUGGAAGAGGAUGAUGAUAAGAACUUCCGCCGUGCUCCCUCAUGGAGAAAGAAGUUCAGGCCCAAAGACAUGAGGGGGAUGUCCUUGGGUGCAUCAGAUACCCUGCCUGCCAACUUCCGAGUUACCAGCAGUAGUGCGGCAUCUCCCUCGACUCAGCCAAAGAGGAGCCCGAUGGAUGGAAGUCAGUCUAUACAGAGGCUGGACACUGCCACAGUCAGGACCUACUCUUGUUAACACACAACGUUUAUCCUCAUUAUUUCUAUAGGUAACCGCUGGUCAGAGGAUGAAGGGGAAUUCCCUGCAUUCAAGACCAGGAUGAUGAACUGAAAUAACUUGCAAGGACCCUACAAAGAUAUUUUGCUUCUUGCUGACAUCACAGAGAAAGACUUUACUCACUAAUCUCAGUAUCCCUAGAAGAGCUUUUCUAGAUUUAUCUACAUUUGUUAUUAUAUAUUUAUGUAAACCAAUGGGACUGUUGAUUUUAGAAUUUCUAUGUAACCCCUUUUUGCCUCUCUCCCCUUAAUCACCCCCCCCCCCCCCCCAUUUUUUUUUUUUAAUAAAAGCAACAUUUCUCCACUGUACCCGCAUUAAGCUCAACUCUCAGAUGUAUGUGACUGAAUAUUUCAACAGUCUGGAGUUUGUAUAUUUCUACCAACAGACAUUUCAUCUAAUCUUUUUUAUAAUUCUGAUUCAAUUGAACAGAUGUAUGUUUUUUGUCUCUCAUAUUUGAUUUGAAUUCUAAUCAAUGAAUUAAUUCUUAAGUGACUUGGAUACAUGAUAUAACUUAAUUCAUAUCUUUGCCCUUUUUAACUGUUGUAAUAUUAGUAGCUUAUUACUUGUGAUUUUGUGUAAAUGCAGCUCUUAGGUCGGUGGGUGUGUGAAUAUCAGAGAAAUUGCUGGAGUCGUCAAACCGUUUCACAAACUGCUCAACACUGUGAGUCCUCCAUCACCAUUAAAAUAACUGCUGGCAAGCCCAGGCGAUGGUGACAACACAUAUCAUGUGAAACGCACUAUAUUUCUCUCUUGUCUGUUUAUUUUCCAUACCUGUGAUACCAAAAUGAAACUCUUAAAGAAUUAAAGCCAUAUAAUUGUAGCAAGAAAAAAACUACGGAGGGCUACAUUUGGAUGCAAGUAAAAAAAAAAAAAAAAAACAGAUUUCCAGGUUCUCUGCAGUUUACCUUGCAUGCAGAAUCCACUCCACUUAUAUGCACGCUUGCCACCCAAUUUAUCCCUUUAACAAAACCUUCCUCACCUCUGGAGAAAUGCUCACUCGUGCAGAAGAACUUUAAAUAAAUGUGUGGAUGACUCCAAAGUGUGGAAACUCCUUCAACGGACCAACUUCACUGAGGCCUCAAUCGAUCCCCACUGUCACCAGAAACCCCUGAUGGUGGUGCAGUCCACCAGCAACCCUUUUUUAAAAACACUCUGUACAAAGAUUUUAUAUCAAGCCUUACUGUUUAACUCCUCCCUGUCGUCUCUUCUUAUUUAUUAUUACUCAUUCGUGUUUUGUGUCGUCAGUAAUGCUUCCAGAGCUACGUCUGAAUGUUGCAGUGCUACUUCUGUUUUUCCCGUCUACACUCACAACACGGGUUCCAGCAUAAGCCUUUGUGGCAAAUGAGUCGGAACCGGAGACUUUUCUUUUCACUCUACAUGUAGUUGAAGCUGACAUUAGAAAUGUGUUUUGUUUGUGAUUUAGCCAUUUAUGCACAAUGCAAAUCAUGUUGCUGUUUUUAUUCCUGCUCUUCCUGAUGAAUCUUCUGAUCUUGUAACAAUGAUGUACAGUCUGAGUACUUAUAAACUAUUUUUAUCACAGUAUUAUUUAUUGCUUACUUUCAAUAAAAUACUGAAACCUA